GUAGAGGAGGUGUUUACACGAGCUGCCAUGUCUCAGGCCCUGCUGGACCCACUGACCCUGGAUCAGGUGAUUAAUGAGGAGGAGGAGGAGGAAGACGCAGACACUAACUCACUGUGGGAACACGAGGCGCUCGCGCAGAUUCCUGUAAAGGUGUUGAGGGGACACACUGAAUCUGCCACCAGCUGCCACUUCUGUUUUCAUGACACACGACUUCUCACCAGCUCCCACGACAAGACGGCAAUAUUCUGGGAUGUGGAGACAGGAUCACAGUUGAUGGUGCUAAAAGGAGGACACACAGGGGCCAUCACUGCAUGCUGUUUAGUCCCAGAGAAGAACAGAGUAAUAACAUCCUCUUGGGAUAAGACUGUAAAUGCCUGGGAUCUGGAGACCGGCAAAAUCCUGUGGACAGUAGUGCAGGGAGGGUUGCUGAUGUCCUGCAGUGUAUCAGGGGAUGGGAAGUAUGUGGCGUCAGCCUCAGACUUGGAGAACACUCUGUACGUCAACUGUGCAGCAACAGGACAGAGUGUGCAUUAUAUUCCAGGUCAUCAUACAUCCACAAUAAUGAGCUGCAGGUUUGAUGCUCAGAGUCAGCACGUGGCCAGCGUCUCAGCGGACAGGUCCAUCAAAUUAUGGGACCUCUGUUCUCACAAAACCACCCUGAGCAUUAACAGUGCGCACAGGAAUGUCAUCUCCAGCUGCUGCUUUACACAAAAUGGACGUUACUUGUGCACUGCAUCAUGGGAUCGUGCUCUACUGCUGUGGGAUGUGCAAACAGGUUCAUUCCGUACCAAAGGAGGAGAGCGGCUUUGUCAAUUGCAUGAUGGAAUUGUCAGCUCCUGUGCCUUCUCCAGUGAUGCCUCUGUACUUGUGUCUGGAGCUUACGACAGGACGGUUGCAUUGUGGGAUGUAAAGGGAUUGUACAGAACUCUGGUGCUGAAGGGUCACCUGGACUGGGUGACAGAUGUGGACAUCAGUGCUGAUAAGAACUGGGUGGCUUCUUCCUCCAAGGAUUGUACAGUGCGUCUGUGGAACAUUGAGCAGCAUGAGAACAUUCCUGCAGUCAGAGAGAGCAGGAGAGCACAUGGCUAUGAGCCUCAUAUCAUUCAGUGUGAGGAAUGUGGAAAGGCGUUUUCGCUGUCUCGCUUGGAGAAAGUUCACUUCAUCACCACGUGUGUGUUCUGUCGCCUGAAGACUACACACAGAUCUCCACCAGCGCCUCCGCCUCUGUAGCAUGCUACAUCUGACCAGCUAGUAAAGCUGACAAGUACCUUAUUUACCUGUACAUUUAAGUAAAAGGUCUAAAAACCCUGAGUAAUCAACGCUCUAUUUAAGGUGUAAUAUAACGCCUGGCACGCAGUGGCGCCGUGGCUUAGUUGGUUAAAGCGCCUGUCUAGUAAACAGGAGAUCCUGGGUUCGAAUCCCAGCGGUGCCUUUUGUAUUUCCUGUAAAAAUCCAAAGUUCAUUUUAUAUAAUUUUCAAGGUAAAUAAAUCAACAUUUGUGGAAUUACCGUGAAUUAAAGUGUACUUAUUAUUUUUUAUACUGUGUAUUUACGACAAGCGCCAAAUUUCCUUCUAUUAUACUACUUAGCCAAAUACACAACAAUCUGUCAUAACAUUAAAACCACAUGGGACCCCUUGAAACAGCUCUGUUACAGUACUGUAUAUGUUUGGCUUUAGAAUUAUUUGCACCCUUCAUUGUCUUGUUCAAAUAGGAACACCGGCCACAAGAAAUUUAACUAUGGCAUGUA